UUCCCGGAGUUAUCCAUUGUGUUUGUAGUGCUACACACGUGUCAUUGUAAACUUUACGCGUAUCUAUCACGAAAUCUUUCCGGUGUAUCAUUCAUUCUUAAUUAAAAUGCUUACAGCACCGGUAUAGAACUAUCGAAUGAAUUUGCUUACUUACACAGUAUUUCCUUGCAUAAAGAGUUCCAGUCGCUCUUUCAGAAGGUUAUCUUUUAUCCAGAAGAGCAGCCUCUGUAUCGUCCCUAUAACAUUUCACGUAGCAUAUUAAGAAAUCCGAUCGACAAGCAUUCGUCAAACUUACAUUCAUUGCCAGAAUUCGAUAUCAACUUGCACGAUGUCAGAAGAAAACGAACAUACUUCGGAAGAAACCGAUACAGAAAUGAAUUCGAGAAAUCACACUAAUGAACAAUCGAAGAGUGGAGUAAGCAUGUUAAACAAUGAAACAGAAGAGCCUAUGUUGGACGACGAAGAAAUGCCGACGUAUCUCAGUUUAUCGAGUCCGUCGGGGCGCGAAGGCAGAAGUGUCAAUAAUACAAAAGAACAGGACAGAAUACCUAUGGAGGAGGACCAUAGUCGAAGUCCUUAUCCCAGUGACGAUCAAGGGGGUGGCAGUAUCUAUGUAUUAUCUUCAGGGGAAGAAAGUACUCAACCUUAUGGUGAAGAUGAAGACGAAUAUGCAGAUAGCGAUGAUAUGUAUGAGAUGGAGCUUGAAAAUAAACAUAGAAAUGUAAUCUUAGAUGAUGAAGACGAUGAGGAUGAGGACGAUGAGGAGGAUGAUGAACGACAUGCUUUAAGAGAGAUGUACAAUGAUGAAGAUAUCAAUACAGAGUACGAUCAAGAUUGUUUCGAUAGAGCUUCUGAUGAUUUUGUUUUAAACAACAGAUUAAAGCAGCAUCACAAAGAGAGAAGUUUGUCGUUGCAAGACUUGAGUUUCAGUAAAGACAAUGUUCUGUAUAAUAAGAAGAGGCAUAGUGUUAAUGUCACGCAUAAAAAACUAUCAACGCCAAAGUUUCAACAUGUUGAAAGCAAAGUAAAACAAUAUAUAAGAGACAUAAAAGAACAAAAUAGAAAAUCCAUAGAAAAGCGUAUCAGAGACCAAGAAUAUAUAUCGAGUAAACAUUAUAAGGAUAACAAAAACAAUGACACUGAUCCCUUAAAGCCAAUGGUAACUACCAAAGUCAUAAAAGACUACGCGGAAAAGGCUAUUAAGAAUUUGCAACGCGAAGAAAAUGAAGAUUGUAAUCCAGUUUAUAGGACGACGCAAAUAGGAGAAAACGGUGACACUACGAAAAUUGAUAUUAAAAUAAUAGACAGCCAAUAUAUACAUAUUCGAAAGGACACUGAACCAAACAAGUGCAGUGACAUUCAUCAUGAGAAACGUAUACAAAGCUACGACGAAAAGUUAGAAAAACAAAAUGGUUCUGUAGAUGUUAAAGAGCAUCGUAUUGAAUUACAAAAUACUUCUAACGAGAAUGUUAGAUUUAAUAAAGUAGAUCAACCUUCUUUAGUUAAUGGUCAUCAACAAACACCUACACUUUUCAAUUUACGUACAUUGAGCUAUGAAGAAUAUAUGGAUAAUGCUUUCAAUGCCACCCAAAAGGUAUUAACUGAACAAAGACGCAAGGUUCAGGAAAACGCUAACGAAUCUGAAACAUACAAUGAAGUAGAGAUGGUGAGCGCGCCAGAUACCAGUAAUACGAGCUGUUCACUGAAAAUCGAGAAUGUGGAAAGUAUCAGAUCAGCAGAGGAAGAAUCAGCAAAUAUAAAUGUCGCAAAAGAAAGUGCAACAGUGGGAACAAAUGCAGAUUGUACCGAAGUAAUUCUACUUAAAGCUCAACUUUCGCAAAGAGACGCUCAAUUCGAUCAGUUACGAAAAGCUUAUCAAAAAGCAUUAGAAGAAAAUAUGAAAAUGAAAGUAGAAAUAGAUAUUGUAAAAAAGUCGUUAGCAAAGUAUGAAAAUGAACAUAAGACAUGCAAAAUGAAAGUAGCGUCUGUGCAAACCGAAACUACCGUGGAACCUAUGAUUAAUCCAAAAAUAAUUACAACUACAGGAGACACAAGUAAUAAAGUAUCUACUAGUAGCGUUGCAUCAACGAUAAGUUCUAUUGAUCAUUGGGCAGACAGCGCUUGUAGUCCAGCUAUAUCUAUUGAACCACCCAAUGUGACAUCAAUUUUAAAUUCCGACGAUAGCAUAGUACUCACCGAUGGUACUCCAAGGAAAUUACCACAUCCAUUGUCCCGAGCAUUCAUUACUUCGUCUCGAAUAUUGCAGACUCUUUCGAACAUAACGCAAAAUAAAGCAAAAGUUGAAAGCCCUCUAGCAAGGAAUCCCAAGAAACGAACAAACGAAAAUUUAACAAACCAACCAAUAAAUUUAGACUUUAAUUCUCCAAUUCAAGCUUCAAAUUCCAAAAAACGAAAAGCGACGGAUAUGCUCGGUACUUCUACUUCGAAUCAGCCAUAUAAAAUACCUCAUACAAACAACGAAUCAGAGAAGAAAAAUAAUCCUGAUGCAGCUGAUGUAGAAGUUAAUUAUUCAGAGGUACAAACAAAUGAAAAAACAGAGCAAUCGCAAAAUAGAUCUGGUUAUAAAAAUAUCGAUAGUAGUUCAAUAUCUAUGGAAAAUCAAGUAGAUGAAACUAACGGCCAAGAUGACAGUGUAAAAUGUUUCUUAUACAGGGAACAUGAAAAUAGCGUAAAAAGAAGUUUCUUAAUUCAAGCAGAAGAACCAUCAAAGGAUAAAUCAGACGACGAGAAGAAUCAUAUCCAAGAAUGUGGUCCAUAUUUAUUGGGUAACCUUGAAGUAAGAAUGUCUGAAAUCAAUGGCACAAUUAGCGUUUGGGGUAAAGAAAUAGGUGACGAAUCUGUAAGUGAUAACGAAGAUGACAUAGAAGUGUCUAUGAAAUCGACUGAAAACAAAUUGUGUUCUUGCUGGCAAAAAUCACCACAAACUAGAUUUAAUGGCAACUCGAUUGUGUGUUCGACUAACAAAAAGUCAAAGAACCCGUUUAAAUUUAACAGAUCUCAAGUUUCUCAAUGUCAUUACAGUUUGUCGCCAAGUACAGCAAAAUCGCAUGUUCUAGUUAACGAUGCAAAUGAUAAAAAAUAUGCAAGUAGUCCUUUCACACCGAAUGCGUGUACUUAUUCUUGCGGAGAAUACGAUUCCACGAAACAACGCAAAGAAUGUCAGACAUGUAAAAGUACUAUACGUUCACAAGAGAAAUUACAUUCCUGUAGUGCACAUCAUACAGAAUUCUUAGAGAAAGAAUGUCACUGCGGAUCAUAUCAUGAAACACGGACACGCAACGAUUGUCCUAAUCAUAGUAAAGAUAAGUGUCAUCGCAUCAAAGGAAUUCGGAGGAAUUCGUGCAAAAGUACAUUUACACCCGAUUCAAAUGGGCACUUGGACGAAAAUAUAACGAAUACCUCUACCGAAAUAAAUGAAGUAUUUUGCAAGUACAAUAAAAUGUGUCGAAACUCUCCUCAAAAUAUAACUGAUAAUAACCCGCAGCCACCAAACUGUUGCAAUACUCUUACGAGUACCUCUUACACGCGUAAAUCUUCUUUAAACAAUACACACGAUCACGAUAGCUCGGAAGGACAAACAUGUAGUCAUUCUCCUUCUCACGAAGGCGAGGACGAUCUUCUAAUUCCACACAAGCGAUCUAAUGAAACACCUGAAACGAGACAACGAAGAUUAAGCGGCAGGAAGGUGCGAGGAAUUCUUAUGGAUCUCUUAAGAGGAUGUGGAGAUUGUCGCAGCACUAGUGACAAUGGUGCAAAUAAAAGUAGUUUCCAGCACAAAGGGUCAUCGUCGUAUAUACCAAACGUUCCUCAAAUUAAGAUUUCUCCUUGUACACUCGAGCCAGCAUGUUCGAGUUCAAAGCAAUGCAACGACAAAUGCUGUCAUGCAUAUGCACGAAGGAUCGAAUCUCAACUGGAAGAGUUCCGUAUGGAAAUGGAAAGAGUACGAUCGCGCUCGGACGCUAUCCUCGAUAUGCUCAAUAUGCUUCACUCUGUUGAUACAAACUAAUGGAACUAAUAUUACUUUUAAAUAAGUGCUUUUUUUCUUGUACAGGUCAUUAAUUUUAAUUUUCUUAAAUCAAGAUGUGCGAACUAUCGUGAAGCUUUCUUAUUUACUUCUUCGACUUCAUUGCAUAUAAAAAUUACAUGAUCAAUUUAUUAAAUAAAGUACAUAUACGUCGAAAAACUAAA